UGGUAAGGGUGGUGAUGGAGCUUUACCGUAUCAAGAUGCAUCAAAGGUAAAGGAAGACAACACUCUUCCUGAAGUUCAUAAUGAUUUUGUUUCUGAUUUAGAGGAAUUUUUAAGUGAAAGAGGAGAAGAGAAUGAUAAAGUUGAGUAUGCGACCAGAAACACAUGAGCCAUAUGAAACCGCAACAUUUAGUUUUAGGUAUAUUGAGGUUGCGACCAGAAAUUUCAGCCCAGCAAAUAAGAUUGGUCAAGGUUCUUCUGGUUCAGUUUACAAGGGUAUGGUUCCUAAUGGAAGGACGAUUGCAGUGAAGCAACUAUCCCUGGAAUCUGACCAAGGCAAAGUAGAGUUUUUGAAUGAAGUAAACACUGUAUCUACCUUGAGACACCCAAAUAUUAUUAGAUUGUUGGGACAUUGUGCAGAAAACGACCAACACUUACUAGUAUACGAAUACAUGGAAAAUGGAUGUCUAAAUAAAGCUUUAUUUGGUCCAGUGAAUUUGAAGAACAAGCUUAGUUGGCCAGCAAAACUUAGAAUUUUCAUAGGAAUAGCGAAGGGUCUUGCAUAUCUGCAUUCUGACAACUCCAAAAUGAAGAUUGUUCACAGAGAUAUUAAACUUUCAAAUAUCUUGCUUGAUAAAGAUCUUAAUCCCAGGAUAUCAGAUUUUGGGUUAAUCAUGCAUUACAACAGAGAAAUCUCACAUAUUAAGACUGGUCUUGCAGGAACAGUAGGAUAUAUGGCCCCUGAAUAUGUGAUGCAAGGAACAGUAUCUGAGAAAAUAGAUGUAUACAGCUUUGGAAUAGUCACGCUUGAACUCAUGACUGGAAAAAAUAGAAUUCAGUGGAAGACAAAGCAUGAAAGCAUUUCCCUUCUAGAUCUGGCCUGUGAUUUACAAAAAAAGGGAGAUCUUGUAGGGAUAUUUGAUCAAGACAUGAGGAUGAACAUUCCAGUGAAAGAAGCGGAGAAAGUGUUAAAUUUGGCAAUCUUAUGUACUAAUUAUGAUCCGAAGUUAAGGCCUACUAUGUCAGAAGUAGUGGACAUUAUGGCAAUCGUAUGUUCUAACUCAAACUGCACAACAAGAAUUGACUCUACAGCGAAUAUUGCUGAUAUAUCAUUCCACAACUUAAGCAGCACUACAAUGCACCACGGCAAUGCUGUUUCCUCAAAUGAUGUGCUUGACUACAGUGAUGGGGCUUCCGCAGGUUCUUCCUCAAAUGGUGUACCAGCAAUGGAUGAAAUCAGUAAAGAUAUUGAACUCCAUCUUGAUUUCAGUGGAGUGCCAUUAAGCCAAGUGACUGUUGCAUCAGCGGAGCUAUUGGGAUUGGAUGUUGAGCCGCAAACUUCUUCAAUUUCUAAGGAUACAUACAGAAAAAGGGGAGUGGAAAGCAAGCUUGAACUUUUUAAACCCUUCUUUGAAGAAGGAAAACUUCAUAUUGAAUUUUCGGAUGAAGAGUUCAGAGCUGUAUGCGAUGAAUGGGAGAAUUCUUUAGUAGGUUUUUUUGUUGAUGAAGAUGUCCCGUUCAGCAUGGACCUAAAAAUGGUUGAAAAGCUCUGGGAAGUAAAAGGAGAUUUUUGUGUGUUCACUAUAGAAAAUGGGUACUUUAUAUUUCAAUUCAGUUGCGCUGAAGAGAAGAUGAGAAUUUUAGAAUCAGCAAACCUCCGGAAAAUAAGACAAAGGCAAUUGAUUCUGAAAGAAUGGGAUUGGAAGUUGAUGGUUGAAAGAAUUGGCAUGGAAUCUCUUCCGAUCUGGGUUAAGAUUUACAACCUACCACUCUUCUUUUGGACUCCUCCUGUUCUCAGUAAAGUUGGGAGUGGACUGGGAACUCCUCUGUAUGCUGAUCGGAAGACCCAGAACAAAGAGCAAUUAGCUUAUGCCAUGCUUUGUAUAGAAUUUGAUGCUGAUAAACCAUUGCCAGAGUCUUUGCGAAUUCUAGUGAAAGGAAUGGAGUAUCAUCUGAACUUGGAAUAUGACUGGAGACCCUUAAGGUGUGAAAAUUGUUGUACUUUCGGUCACAUAGCCUUGAAUUGUAAGCUGAAGAUGAAGGCUAAGAAACAAAACUAGGUUCAUAUUAGUUGCUUGUACUCAUUGUUGGCGCAGCGGAAAACUAAGAUGAGCCCAGGAAGGUUUUGAGCAGCUUUUCUAAAUUCAAUCUCAGUUUGUUGCUUGAUACAGCUCUCAAAAUUAGUCAAUUUAUUGCAAGUACAUCAACAGAUCUGUAAGAUUUGACAUUAGCACCCCACGAUAUUAGUCUAUUAUGAAGAAGUCUCUAUGAGUUUUGUAACUCCUAUAGGAGAAAAUUCUACAUUAUAAUUUACCGAAAGCUGAUUGUUGAUCAAGACAUUUGAAUUAAAACUAAGCUGCAGCCUGUUCGAUAUGGAUGCAUUAGCCACAAAGGCUAAUAUCACCACACCGAGACAUACCAAGCUGAUGCAAAAAAUUCUAGUCAAGCUGCUGCCUGUUUGCUUUUGACCAAGGGUGUGUGCUCUAAGAGUGUCAUUGGGUGUAUAUGGGCAGGUUGGUCUUCCAUGACCAAUAAUUGAAGCUCUGAGCUCAAAGUGUGGCAUUACUUUUAGGUUACUUCUAGGAAGUUGGCAUGUAGAUGUUUUAGCUAGAACAAGAUUGUGUACUAGUUUGGAUGAUGUCUUUUGUAAUUUUCCACCUCUUUGGAAGAAAAACAAAGGAAUCCAUCUCAACAUGAUCUAUCCAUCUUAACUUUUUUUGUCCCCAUUAUGUGCACUCUACACCAUGUGAUAUCUCAAUUCAGCCGUUGAUGAUCCAUUAUAAAAAGGUGAGAAGCUAUCAAACUUAAUCUCAACCCUGGAUGCACAACUAACUUAUUGUUCCAUUUGGUUUAGUCUUCCUGACACUCUUUACUGCAAGCUUUAAAAGGCUUUGUGGCAGGUCUGGUGGUAGUGGUGGUGGUGGAUGAGACUUGAUCACAAAAAAAUGAGAAUGGGUGUUCUUCUUUCUCUACUACUUGUGUUCACCUUGUUGUUUGUAACCCAAUCUAAGAGUAGACCACCAGCACACAAUGUUUUCUCUGUCACUGACUACGGUGCAGUUGGUGAUGGAAAAAAUUACGAGACACAACAAAUUCAGGCAGCAAUAGAUGCAUGUCAUGAUGCUGGUGGUGGUACUGUAAGAUUUCCAAGAAGCAGAUAUUUAGUUGGGACACUUUUUCUGAAAUCAGGAGUGGUAUUAAACUUGGGUAACGCCAGGAUUCAUGGUGGGACGAGGAUGGAGGAUUAUCCCACAGACCCACACAGAUGGUAUGUUAUAUUGGCCGAGAACGCAACAAAUGUUGGCAUCACUGGUGGGACGAUUAAUGGUCAAGGUAGAAAGUUUAUUGAAAAAUUUGAUGAGAAAGCGAGUGUCAUGAAGAGUUGGAACACAACAGGUGUGUGUCACGGUGAUAAAUGCAGACCGAGACUGGCUGGAUUUUUUGAUUGCAGGAACGUCAACAUUUCUGCUAUUACACUCAGAAUUCCGGCUAUUUCAAACUUACACAUAGUACGGUGUGACAACACAAUCCUAGAUGGUGUAACCUUAGAAAGUCAUUUUUAUAUCCCGCACAACCAUGGAAUACAUGUAGUGGAUUCAAAUAAUACUCUCAUCAAUGAUAUCUUUAUCGACAACGGAGGCAAUGCCAUCACUGUGAAGACAGUCAGAGGUCCCGUUUAUAACUUAACAGUGACAAAGUCUUAUCUGAGGACUAAAUUAUCAGCUAUCAAAUUUGGAAGCGGUAGCAGGUUCGAUUUCAAAGGUAUCAAGUUUCACAACAUAGACAUUGACGACUGUCAUCGAGGAAUCACAAUGCAAUUACAUGAAGGAGGAAUGGCAAGCGAUAUAACUUUCUCGAAAAUAACUUUCUCGAAAAUAAUCAUGAAUCCAAGUCAAGAUCUGUGGAGAAGAGCUGAACCAAUUUACAUCACCACUUGUUCACAAGACUCCAAAUCGAGAAUCUCUAACCUGAGGUUCAUCAACAUUUCAGCUCACUCUGAGAAGGGAGUCGUCUUAUCUGGUGGUUCAAGACGCGAAGCAGUCCUGCGAAAUAUCAAGUUCAUGAAUGUCAAUCUAACUUACUAUAGUACAAACUUGACAGAUAAUGCUGAAGUCGAAAACGGAUCAGGUGGGUGCGGCCGAGGUCAUUCUUCAGCUGGGAUUAGAUUGGAGCACAUUGAUGGUUUACUUAUUGAGAACAUGAUUAUGAGAUGGAUAAAUAUUGCCAGGCAGUCGGAAAGCGCGUUGUGGAAGAACGUCAACACUUUUGACUUCCAACCCUCCACAGUGAAUAAUGUUUCAAUUCGCAGCUUUAGUUCCUACUCAGAGUAGCAGUGCAGUGUUGUUGGUCAGUUUGUAGUUUUGUCUAGCAGUAAUUUGUAAUAGCUGUAAUAAGCUUGGGAUGGAGUUGGCCAUUGUGCUCUCCUACUACACCUAAGCGCCAAAAACAGUGUAUUAGCAGCUACUCUUUGUGUUCCCAGCUCGUGCCAUUAGGCACCAGACUUUGGCCAUCUCAUUAUCUUUUCAAUCGUUCUACGCUGUGAAUGACA